AUGGCAUUCUGGUCCACUUUCACUCAACCUCCUCCGAAGCCAGUGGAAUUUGCUCAUGGUCAGAAUUUACACCAUGCUCUCACCUUUGAUGGGAAUGACACAGGUUCUCUUACUUCAGGGAUAAAUGAGGAAGAAAAUGGUGAGUCUCCAAUACUGGAUAUUGAACCACAAAGUCAAAAAGAAGCUGAGGUCCAAGCGCAAGAAGUUGAGACAACACCAACUUCUCAACGACAUGAUGGUGGCAAUGGUGGUAGUAGUAGUAGUGGUAGUGAUGGCGGUGGCAGCAGCAGCGGUAGCGGUGGUGGUGGUGGUAGUAGCGGUAGCGAUAGUGGUGGCGGUGGCAUGAUGGUAGUAGUUGUGGUGGUAGUAGUAAUGAUGGCGGUAGUUGUGGCAUGA